AUUUAAUUAUACAUCAUUAUUGCCUUGUCCACCACUACUCUCUUCGAUUAUAAAUACACCACACAACCCUCACAAAAAAGUUCAAGCUCACAUAUCAAUAUCCAAACAGAGCUACCUACCUAUUUAUAUAAAUCAAUUAAUUAAUAAUUCUAUAUAUCUAUAUUGAAGAUCAUCAAGAUCAUGGGAAGAGCUCCUUGUUGUGAGAAGAUGGGGUUGAAGAAAGGGCCAUGGACACCUGAAGAAGAUCAAAUUCUCAUCAAUUAUGUCAAAAUAUUUGGCCAUGCAAAUUGGCGUGCUCUCCCUAAACAAGCCGGGCUUUUAAGAUGUGGGAAGAGUUGUAGACUGAGGUGGAUUAAUUACUUACGCCCAGAUAUCAAAAGAGGAAAUUUCACAGCAGAAGAAGAACAAACCAUUAUCAACUUACACCAAAUGCUUGGCAAUAGAUGGUCAGCAAUCGCAGCUAGAUUACCGGGAAGAACUGAUAAUGAAAUUAAAAAUGUAUGGCAUACACACUUGAAGAAAAGGCUCUUAAAUAAUAAUAAUAGUAAUAACUUAUCAUCAUCAUCUUCAAAACGACAGCGUAUUGAUCAUACUGACCAACAUCAAAGUACUACUACUAGUUGUAGUAGUAGUAGUAGUGAUAGUGAUUUUUCAAGUGUCACGGCUGAAUUAUUACACCAAAACGACAAUAAAGAGAUUGUCGUAAUUAAGGAUGAGGAAGAAGAAGAAGAAGAUAAUAGUAAUAAUCAAGUCUCAUCAUCAUCUGCUGGAAGUUGUACUAAUAUUAUUAUUGAUGAUGAGAGCAUGAUCUGGCCGUUGGAUCAAGUGGUGUCUAGUUUUGACGGUCACGAUCAUCACGAUGAUGAGUCAUUAUUGUUCGUGAAUAAUAAUACUAAUAAUAAUAAUAAUGAUGAAUAUGAUAUGGAGUUUUGGUAUGACAUUUUCAUUAAAGCUGGUGGCUCAACAGAAUUGCCAGAAUUUUGAAUAGGAGAGUUUAAUUUUGGAUCCAAAAUUUUCUAAUGUCGGACGCGGGGCAGUAACGGUAAUUUUGCAGAUCAUUUGACCAAUUGCAUGUUGCCACGUGGCUUCUAUCGCAAAAUGAAACAUUCUACACUACUUGACCAGAAAAGCUACAUAUUUGCCUAAGUCUUUCAUUUUGUAAGAGAUUAAGAUAAUUUUUAUUUUUGGAAUUAGUACACAAUAAUAUUUGUAGGCAUUUUUAAUGAGAAGACAAUAACCAAAUAAAAGAUUAUCUA